GUCUGAGGGAGCUGAGAGUGACUGGUCUGCCAUGGUCCUGUCUGUCUGCUCUGGUUUCUCCCACUCUGCCUCAUCUGCGUCUGUUGGAUCUGCGCUGGUGUGAGGGCAUCAACGAUGCCCAGAUCAAAGAAAUCAUCAGUCCACCUGGUGUGGGCUCGACCCGCAGUCGCCUGCGGAACAUGGUGACGCUGCAUCUGUCCGGUCUGGAUAUCAGCGAGUCCACCCUGAGGCUCCUGCAGCGCCACAUGCCCCAUCUGGAGAAACUGGACCUGGCUCACUGCAAGAACAUGUCAGACUCUUCUGUGGCUCUGCUGUCGGCCCCUGGGACUCACAGCCAACACAACCUGAGUGAGCUCACACUCUCUG